AUGGACUCCGAUAGAACCGACAACAAGCACAGGGAGCUGAAGAGGGCCAGCAGCAACAACCAAGGGGAGACCAUUCUGAUCCCCGACCAGCAUGGAGACGACCUGGACAAUGCCAUUCUGCGAGCCCAGGGUCAUGAGGCCGCGCUGCCUCGAUCCUUUUCCUGGGGAGGAGCCAUCGGCUUGGGAUACAGUAUCACCAACUCGUGGAUGUCAUACACCAGCUGCUUCGGAGUCACCCUCGCAGCUGGAGGUCCUCAAGCCGUUGUCUUUGCCGUCAUUGUGGCGGGUUUCAUUCAGUGGACAGUCACCCUUGGACUCUCUGAGCUCGCCUCGGCCUUUCCCUCAUCCGGAGGCCAAUAUCACUUCACCUACAUCCUCGCACCCGAGAAGCACAGAAACUUUGCUGCCUUUUCCGUAGGCACGCUCAAUGUCGUUGGAUGGUGGAUCGUGACUUGCUCCGGUAUUUCCCUAGGCACAGUUUCCACCAUGGGUCUCGUCUCGUGGUGGAACCCCAGCUUCCAAGCGACCCAGUGGCAAACCUAUCUCCUCUUUGACCUUGGAAUUAUCAUUACGAUGAUUCCCAUCUUCAUCGUCCCCAAUAGGCAUAUGGGCAAGAUGACACAAUUCGCCCUGCAUCUAUCCAUUGUUGGCUGCAUCAUCGUCUUUGUGUCUAUUCUCGCCAUGUGUGACUACUUCCAGCCCGGACACACCAUCACUGAGACGGGCGGUAACAGAACUGGCUGGCCUUCUGGAAUUGCCUGGAUUUUGGGAAUUGGCAACGCUCUGUAUGCCUAUGGUGGAACAGACGCAGUCAUUCACAUCGCUGAAGAAGUCACACACCCUGGAAAGCGUCUUCCUCAAGUCAUACAACAAAGGAACGUGACAAUGCUUAUCGGAAUCGUCACUACUGUGCCUCUGGCGAUUGCCUACAUGUUUACCAUCAAGGACAUGGAUGCCGUUCUCAACUCGCCUCUCCCGAGUAUGGAGCUGUACUACCAAGCCACUGGGAGCAAGGUCAUGGCUACCUUUCUGCAGGCCUGGACCAUUGCCGUCUACUACUGUAAGUGUGCCCAGCUUCUUGAACCUGCUGCCCUGCCCAGCCAGUGGAUUACUUGUGGCAGAAUGACUUGGGCAUUUGCUCGUGACAAGGGCCUGCCCUACCACGAGUACUGGACUGAAAUCAACGAACGCUUCCAGCUGCCUCUCAGAGCGACCAUCCUGUCAGCCGGCUUCUGUACCAUUUACGGACUUCUAUACAUUGCCUCCACAGCAGCCUUCAACUCGAUCAUCACGACAGCAGUUCUCGCCCUGAACAUCACGUACUGCGUCCCUCAGGGCAUCUGCGCCACCUACGGCAGAUCUCGUCUUCCCAAGCGAUACCUAAAUCUCGGAAAAUGGGGCUACAUUCCCAACUUCUUCGCCCCUGUGUGGGUUACCAUCAUUGGCACCUUCUUUUGCUUCCCUGGAGCCUUACCUGUUGAGGCUGGCUCCAUGAACUACACUUCGGUUGUGUUGUUUAUCCUUUUGCUUUUGAUUUUAGGUCUUUGGUGGGUUCAGAGGCGUACUUUUGAAGGUCCUAAUAUUGACUGGGAUACCCUCAAUGCUCUCAAUACUGUGGAAGACGAAGAGUAA